CAUUCAAGUCAUCCUGACAAUUAAAUUUUUCCAUCAUUAUCACUCGCAUCAUCUCCAUAAUCAAUCGAAAUCCUCAGUGUACGUACCACAGUCGUCCUGAUUGAUGUAGUAUGGCCUCAUAUGUACCCAAGAAUCUUCCAGUGGGCAUCGACCUCGGCACUACCUAUUCAGUUGUUGGAGUUUUCAAAAACGGUGUGGUCGACAUUAUUGCAAACGACGAGGGAAAUCGCACGACCCCUUCUUAUGUGGCUUUUACAGACACUGAGCGUCUUAUCGGAGACGGGGCUAAAGGACAGGCCGCUCUAAAUCCCUCUAAUACAGUUUACGGUAUCAAAAGACUGAUCGGGCGUAAGUUCGACGAUCCCACCGUACAGCAGGACAUGAAGAACUGGCCAUUUGAUGUCAUUAACGAGAAAGGUAAACCGAAAAUCAAAGUAAAAUACAAAGGAGAAACCAAGACAUUCUUCCCGGAAGAAAUCUCGGCCAUGGUGCUCACAAAAAUGAAAGAAAUCGCCGAGUCAUACCUGACUUCCAACGUCUCCAAAGCGGUGGUAACGGUACCAGCCUACUUCAACGACUCACAAAGGCAAGCGACCAAAGACGCUGGCACAAUAGCUGGCCUAGAGGUGCAACGGAUCAUCAAUGAGCCUACGGCCGCUGCGAUAGCAUAUGGCUUGGACAAGAAGAGCGACAAGGACAGAUAUGUGCUGAUCUUCGACUUUGGUGGCGGUACGUUUGACGUGUCUGUCCUACAGAUCGCUGGGGGGAUCUUUGAGGUGCAGAGCACUGCCGGCGACACUCACUUGGGUGGGGAGGACAUCGACAACCGGAUGUCUCAGUAUUUUAAAGAGGAAUAUAAGAGGAAGUUCAAAAGUGACCUCACAGGAAACAAAAGAGCCUUGAGGAGGCUUCAAACUGCUUGCGAACGUGCUAAAAGAACUCUGUCAACUUCCACUCAAGCGACGAUAGAAAUCGAUUCUCUUGCUGACGGUAAUGAUUUCUAUUCGAAUAUGACCAGAGCGAAGUUUGAGGAAAUCACGUCGGACAUUCUGCAAGCCACUUUGGCACCCGUGGAGAAGGCACUCAAGGAUGCCAAAGUGAGGAAGGAGCAGAUCGAUGAUGUGGUGCUGGUGGGAGGUUCCACAAGGAUUCCGAGGGUGCAGAGCUUAUUGCAGGACGUGUUCCAGGGUAAAACUUUAAAUAAAUCGAUUAAUCCAGAUGAGGCGGUGGCUUAUGGGGCGGCAGUACAAGCUGCAAUCCUUGCCGGGGAUACUCAUGAUACUGUUAAAGAUUUACUUCUGCUAGAUGUCACUCCAUUGUCGCUGGGGAUAGAGACGGCCGGUGGGGUAAUGACCGUGCUGAUCAGAAGAAACACCACGAUACCAGUGAAACACACUCAGAUUUUUUCCACUUUUGCUGACAAUCAACCUGGAGUGCUCAUCCAGGUUUAUGAAGGUGAGCGCGGGAUGACCAGGGACAAUAAUUUGUUGGGGAGGUUCGAUUUGUCUGGAAUACCACCUGCUCCUAGAGGAGUUCCGCAAAUAGAGGUGACAUUUGACAUAGACGCCAACGGCAUCCUCACCGUUUACGCUAAAGAACAAGCCACCGGUAGACAAAACACCAUAACAAUCACCAACGACAAGGGCAGACUAACAAAGCAGCAAAUCGAAAAAAUGGUAUCGGACGCCGAGAAAUUCAAGGAGCAAGACCAAGAGGUCCGGGCAGCGGUCGCUGCCAGAAACGAGCUGGAAUCUUAUGUUUACCAAAUGCGAUCCGUAACUCAAGACCCGGCAGUGUCCAGCAAAAUCAGCAGUCAAGAGAAGGCGAAUAUCCUUAAGGUUUGUAAGGAGGUGGACGACUGGUUGAAAUCCACCGAUAAAGCUUCCGAGAGGGAGUACGUAGCUAAGAAAGACGCUAUAGAGAAAGUGUGCAAACCUGUUAUGGUGAGGCUGUACUCUUCUGCUGCGGGACAGGCUCCACCACAAAGAGAUUUUCCUAGUAAUAAUGAUGAUAGUGGGGGGCCGGUCAUCGAUGAGGUUGAUUAAGUGUAUUUUUUUUCAAUAAAAACAUCAUCAUUAAAA